UUGCCCGUCGUUGUGAACCACAAUACCCAUCAGGGGCUGAAGCUGGUCAACGGGGCCAGCUACUCGGCGGUGGAGGUCAUUGUCGACAAGGCGUACCCGGGGCAUCGGAUCUCGGCUGACAUGACGAUCCACUUCGGGCCGCCGGCGGGGAUAAUCCUGGAGUCGGAGACGACUAAAGAUGUCGACUUCGUCGGGAUGCCGCCAGGCACGAUCCUCCUGACGCCCAUGAGCGUGAAGAUACAAUGCCAGCGGAAGCGGCCGUGGCAGAAGAACGACGUCAGCCGAAAGGGUCUGCCGUGCGCGGCGGCUUUUGCGUGCACAGACUACAAGGUGGAGGGCAGGACGCUGGAGCGCGUAGCUCUGGAGCUGCGAGGGACGCGGACGACAAACGUCGACGGGCGCGUCGUCCCCUCGCAAUGCGACCCGUACAGCCUGUACGUGCAGCUGUCCCGGUGCCGGUCGCUGGACGGCAUCAUGCUCAUCUCCAAGGUGCGGGAAAGAGAUCUCGUG